AUGAACGGUCCUAUUUUCUCGUUUGCAGGACGUCCGCCACCCCGUGUCACCUGGUGGCAAGAGAACGCGCUGAUCGAUGAGACGUUUGAAACUCUACCGGACCGGAAGGUGAGAAACGUGUUGCGACUAGAACGACUUGAACGCCGCCACCUCAACACCGUUUUCACUUGUCAAGCAUCCAACAAUCACAUGGUGCCACCAAUAUCCAGCUCCGUCUCGUUGGACAUGAUACGUGAGUACAUGCACAAUAUUAUGUAUUGUAAUACAAAGUUAUACCAGCAGUGGGUAGCUUUGGUCGAGUGGCCAAUGGAUUCGACAAAUUCCAGAUCGUACUAA